UUUCGAAAAGCGAUGGGCGGGACAGAGGUACAACGUUGCAACAAUGUGAUCUAUCAGCUGCUCCCGUGUGUCAAUUUCAAGGGUUUGCUACAAAACUACCGCUUUAUAUCAACGGGUUCUUGCACUGGAUAUUUGUAACUGUCACACCUCUGAUAAAAAAUUACAGAUGUGCCAUGCUUUAAAAGCAACACAAAUCCGCCGAUUACAGCCAAAUACAGACGGAGAGGAGAGUCAAGGCUGGGAAGAUGGUGCUGGACCCUGGCAGAGGGUCUGUGGAGCGGGCAGCAGGUCGGGGUACACCAAGGAGUGAAAGGCCAGAGAUAGCCACGAGGGAGGUGCCACGUAAUGGACUGCGCACCCCCCAUUCACGCCCACAGUCAUCAUCCACUUUCAGCCGGUCAAAAGCAGCCCUUAGCUCCCGGGGGAUUGUGUCACCUGAGGCAGAGGUCACAAGGUCCAUGGGAUUGGACGUCCAGAACUUGACAUUAUCAGAAGUCAAAAGGUCAGUGGGCCUGGAGGUUAAAAGGUCGACUAAACCAGCAAGUCGGAAGACGCCAGAGUCAGAGGUGAAGAAGCCGCCGGGGUCAGAGGUAAAGAAGCCGUCUUCAUCAGCAGUGAAAAGGUUUUCGGGGUCAGAGGUGAAGAGGUCAUCAGGCCGAUCACCUGGACCCCCGUCCCGCAGUCUCACGAGCCCGGUGUUUAAUGGACGUGGUGGCUGGAUGCGGCGCAGUGAGAGCACGUGUGCCAUGAAUGGGGUGGCAGGGGGGGAGCGUGGCGGCAUGCGCCCUGCCACCUCGCUCCCUCACAUCGCCCGCGGGUCUCAGCCUGGGGCCUCGUCAGGGGGAGGAGGUAAAACCUGCCUGCUUGUCGCCCUGCGACCCACCAACAUCGACCAGGAGAGGGAAGCCUUCUUCCGGGCUGGCUUCAACUACGAGCCACAGUUUGAGUACGGAGAGCAGCAAGCGACAAACGUCCUAGAGAAAUACCGUGAGGGGUCUAGUCAGUUUCUGACACAGGCUGUGCGGAUCAUGCAUUGCGUCCUGCGGAAGUAUGGCUCCUAUGAGAGUUUCGAGGUGGCCACUGGGGGCAAUGUUCUCCCAAAGUGCCAGGUGUGGGCAUCUGUCCGCAAGUAUCUGCAGAAGGAGGGCUGUGUGGGAGAGGUGGUAGUGCGCCUGUCGGAAGAGCUGCUGUCUCAGGCGGUGAUGAUGGUUAAGAGCUGCCGUCCGACUCUCACUAUCAACCUGGCGGGCGCGCGGCAGCACUGGCUGGAGGGAAUGCUGCGCCACGAGAUCGGGACACACUACAUCCGCGGUGUGAACAACAACAGGCAGCCGUGGAGCAAUGCGGCCGGGCGGAAGCAGUUCGGUCUGAAGCCUGCCAACCCCACAGAAGAGGGCCUUGCCAGCCUGCACAGUGUGCUGUUCCGCCGGAACCCCUUCCUGUGGAGAGCUGCCCUUCUCUACUACACCGUGUACCACGCCGGACACAUGAGCUUCAGCCAGCUCUUCAGCGACAUCGGCCAGUUCGUGCAGGACCCUGCUGUGCGCUGGGAGUACUGCGUCCGAGCCAAGAGGGGGCAGACUGACACCUCUCGUCCAGGCUGUUUCAGUAAAGACCAGGUGUAUCUAGAUGGGAUUCUGAGGAUCUUGAGGCAUCGAAGGAACAUUGAUUUCAAAAUGCUGGCAUGUCUGGGAAAGGUGUCCUAUGAAGACGUGGAGCACUUGAGGAAGUUUGCGGUUCUUGCGCAGACCCGGAUCCCGCACUUCAUGAAGGAUCAGCAGCGCUAUCUGGAGCAGCUGGAUCAUAUCGUCUCUGCCAAUGAACUGAAUGAUGAGGAACUAUGCCAGCUGAUUCCAGAGUGACCCUAUCCCAGCAGGACAACAGGGGAGGAAACGGGCGUCACUCGCACUGUGGGCACAGGGCGGGGAGGUAGGGGAGGACAUUUACAUUUAAAGGAGGAGGGCUCAAUGUGAACCCCUUCAGGACCUUAGGUUUGGUUGGCUCUGGUUCCAUAAGUGAGGAGGAGGAAAAUAUUGAGGAAUUCAAAAUAACUGCAUAUUGGACGAUUGAAAUCCUGGAAGUGCAGUUAUUGCACUUAGUAUUAAAUUUGUUUUUUAAAACGUGGAUUUCUUUCCAGCACGCAGGUAGUGAUUCUGUAUGGGUACAGUGAUAUUUUAGUCAAAAACUUUUUUUUAUUUUUUAACUCCCUGCUUAGGCAAAAUAAAAUUCACGUCUUUUACUAGUCCGUUAAUGCAAGCAAAGUCAUAGUUAAUAGUCAUACCUUUGAGAGCAGAAUCAAAAUUUGUGCUUUUUGGAGCAAGUGGAACCAAAGAGCUUAGAUAGCUCAGUUUCCUUGACUAAUUUAUUUGAUGGAAGAAUGCUUUCAAUAGGGACUUCUUCAUUAAAAAGGAGUAUAUCAAUUAUGUAUCAAAAUGAUGUCACUGAAAUAUAUUUCUGAAUAUAGUGAAUCGCAUAUUCUAAAUGUCAGAAGACAAACGUUUCAGCUAGUGCCUUUAUCAGUGUUUAACGUUUGUCUACCUGAUUCUUACGAGGAAUAUGUGAUGGGAUACUUUUUGCCCUGCUGGGUGUCUGUUUGUUUUCCACACGUUUAUUGCACAAUGUGCUAAUUAUUUAUGUAAUGUUUAUUAUUAUUAUUUACCAGGAGAGUCUCCGGGUGUGUAAUCUACAGUGAUCCGUACGCUCUCACUACAAGUCACACAUUCCAGUUACAUUUUUCUGAAGUUUAAGUUACACAAACCGAUAUACAGGGUUGUUUUAAAGAAGCCACUUAGUUUUGAGAAAAGAGCAGUUCCUUGUGUAUAGGGGACACUGUGAUAGGACCCUUAUAAAAGCUUACUAAAAGCAUAGCAAAGUGUAAUACAGCACAGUGAAAGCAUGGUAAAGCGUACUGUAGUUAAGCAUUGUAAAGCCCAGAAGCUAAUAAAAACAUAGCAAAGUAUGGUAAAUGCAUAGUAUAACCAUGGAAUAGCAUGGGACAACUGUAAAAUUAUCGUGCACAUUUACUGUAGUACAUUUUUAUGAAGGGAUGCUGUUGUUUAAUAUUAACUGUAAAUGUUAAUGUUUACUCGCCUUGCAGCAAGCAGCUGGCAUUCACACUGCCUACAAACAGGCAUCAGACUCUGCGUGGAGGGCAAUUAAAAUAGUUGAACUGCCAAUGAAGUUGCUUGAGCAGAAUAUGAAAUUCUACAUUAACUACAUAUCAGAUCAGUGGAUGGUCAGAUGUGGGCCUGGAAUAAUUGGCUGUAAUCAUUCUAUAUUUUGACUGUGAUUACAGGUACUGUAACUUGCUGUAAUUUGAAUUUCAAAUACAGAUCUGCAGAACAGUGCUGUCCUCUGUAAAUCGAAUGUACAGAUGCAGGGAGAUUUCAGUUGUUUUUUCAAUCAGGCUCUAAUAGAAAAAUGAUGAGGGGAAAAUAGUAAUUCCCCCUCCCCUCCCAUUAAAACACAGGUUAAAUUAGAAGAAGAUAAAUCAAGUGACACACCUGACCAUUGUCUAUCUGUUUUACCAAUGAUCUCUCUCAAGUUAUGUAUAAAUUACCAGCUGUUAUUUUAAACUCUUGUCCAAACUACUUCAGUAUUAUUUUAGAUUGUGUGUGGGUCAGGAAGGGUGCCGAUAUCUGUUUGAAUUGGGGAGAUCUAUUUUAAACCUGCAAUACAUAUACUGUAUAUCAGUACAACACACCUGACGCCAAGUCCUGUUUUCUCUCACACCUCCUAUGUGUUAAAAGCGCAGGGGUGAGCUGUGACCCUAGCAGUGUUAAAUAAAUACCUCUGUAAGCAGCUGUGUGUUUAGCUGCAUCAGAACAAAUAAGUUGAAUACGAGUAAGUGUGGACCCAUGGGCUCAGCUGUUUAAGUGGCUAAACUGGGGUUCAAUUCUUCAGUUUCAGUCAGAGCUUAGUAGCUUGGCUAAUUGCUGGGUCCUGGAUUCCAAUCACAUAUGUUUCCUGUAAAGCUAGUGUUGAGUAGUCAGUGAAAUGGGGUCAGCAGUUCUCAAACUAUGACAGCCAGCAUGUUCUGCAGCCUCUAUAUAGUAUGUAAGGAUCUACAGUGUUGCAGGUUCAAGGUAAUCUUUACCUUUGCUUGAGAAGCUGUAUUAUAGAAUUUUCUGGCUUGCCUGCCUGCAAUUACAAUGCUGCUGCAUCUGACACCGAAAGAUUAGUGUAAGUUGUAGAGCUUGGUUUCCGUUCUGUUUUGCCUCAACUGACAAAUUGAACUAAAUCAAUGCCAAGUGAUUGUAACUUGUACUUAGAAACGUGUUAAUGUUAUCAUGCAAGAUCUGUGACAAAAUGAAAUUGGGGAUCAAAGCUGUGUAACUUUGACCCCUUUACAGACACCAGCAGUUAUGAAAUUGGCUAUGUUACAUUCAGUUUCAGGCUUGUUUAAUACCAGUUGUUAAUAUAGAAUACAAUUGACAAUAAUAAUAAAAAUUGUCCUAUGGUAGGAUGAUAGUCAUCUUGCAAAUGUUGUCAUCUAAAGCCCUCAACUACUGGUUUAAUGAGACAGGGGCCUCACAGUUUCAAACUGUGGUUAUGUGUCUGAAUACAAGAAGCCCUUCUAUUUGUACCUGGAAAGAGCUAUUUUAUCAGCUUCUGCACAGCAAGUUCAAUCCCUCAGACCAGUGGUACUCAUGUGUGACUCCUGCAGUUCACCCCCAUCCAGAUUCUUAUUCCAGCGAGGUCCAUCAAACAAUGGAAUGCCUGGUUGGAAAAUGGCUCUGGACUGAUCAAUUCAGUGAUUAAGGUCCUGAUCUUGAAUGGAUUGAAAAAGCCACAUGUGAACCACUACUGUAAACAUUGCAGAUUAUUGAAGAAUGUAAUUACUGCUUGAUGAGAUAUUAACAAAACAUAAUACAUUGAUUGCUAUCUCUAAAAACAGGGAGGAUGGCUGACAAACUUAUGGGGAACAAUGCAUUGGGAUUGCUUAUCUGUAGUGAACUUGCCUGGCCAGUGUGUGUCACUAUUGCUCCUGUUACGGCCAUUCAAAUAGCACUUACCAACUUUCUGCAUGCAUUACUGUACUGUAUGUGACGUGAGUGGUUUGUGAAGCCAAACGAGCAAUUCUCCCCCUGAAACUUGAACACACAACAUUCAUUUCAUGCCUCACCUUUUUAAAUGGUUUAUAAUCUCGGCAGGGUAGAGCCUGUUUUUGUGAACCUGGGGAUACAGGGCAGCAGUGUGGAGCAGUGGUUAGGGCUCUGGACUCUUGACUGGAGGGUCAUGGGUUCAAUCCCAGGUGGGGGACACUGCUGCUGUACCCUUGAGCAAGGUACUUUACCUAGAUUGCUCCAGUAAAAACCCAACUGUAUAAAUGGGUAAUUGUAUGUAAAAAUAAUGUGAUAUCUUUAAUAAUGUGAUAUGCUAAGAAAUAAAUAAUAUGACAAGUGAUGUAGAGUACUGUCAGAAAUCAUGGAGAGACAAUACAAAUAUCUUAGUUUAAUUUGAUUUUGUCUAUUAUAUAAACAAUGUGGUUUAUUUUAAAAAUGAAAGCAAGUUGAGCAAAACUGGUUUGAUAAGUCAACUGAAAUGAUUUGUAAAAAUGUCAGAAUGGAAUCGUAAUCGGAGGAAAGAUCGAAUUCUGUCAUGCAUACGAUAUAAACAAUUAAUGAAUACAUGAAUUAAUAAAUAUUUAUAAAAUAAAUUCAUGUAUUUGCAUAUUUAGCUGUGUUACCAUCACUAGUCUUGCAAUUAAUUCAAUUCUUAAAUACAUAUCAUUUAAUGAUGAAAGCGGUUUCCAUAAUUUCUGACAGUUCUGCAGGUGUCCUAUCCGACCCGUUUUGUCCAGGGGAGAUACUAUAACCCGAAAACUCAAGCAGCUCUCGCGAUUGAAAUGUUCAAGCUACAAGCAAAGAUCCAGUCAACGUUACUGCUCUACGGCCCUUGAUAUCCAUUGUAAAUGAAUACUGCUUUCAAGCACACACUGCAUGUGAAGAUUUAUCUAUAGUACUGUAAGCAUUCUGUGUAGAACAGGCACACAUAAAAUGUCUGUACUAGAAUUUGAAUACCUUAAUACAAAGGUCCACAAUAUGAGAUGACAAGUUAAUCUUUGUUGUGUUUUUUUUUUUUUUUUUUUUAGUUUCACAAUCAAUCAAAUGCACUACAAAUAGACACCGCUGCAGAAGGGGGUGUAAAUGUCAAAGGGAUCUCGGUUAAGCAUACAGCAUUAACACUGAAUGAGGUGAUACUGUAGUUUACGACUGAAAGUAGGAUGGGAGAUUUUCCUUACAAGUGACGGACAAAAAUUAAAUAUUUGCUAGGGAAAUUGUUUCACCUAUAAUGGAAGUACCACAGGUCGUUGUUUCUUACUUUGCAUCAUCUGUCAUUGAAUUUUAGAAUAUUUUACUAUUUCUAAAUUCAGCACCAUCUUUAAACAGUAUUACACUAUGGUAUUUCCCCCAAAAAAUACUAAAACAACUUCCUUAGUCAAUAUUUCAUUUGUAACUGUUGUAUGCAAAAUUACUAUCUUAUAAAUAAAUAUUGUGUGUUUACACUGUGGGGGUUCAUGGCAGCAGUAAGAUAACAGUGGAUUUCAUUUGUAUCUGGUUCAGCUGACCCUGCUUCCCUCUAAAACACCUUCUUUUGGCUGCACAGUUUCUGGGUUUAUGUUGUUGUUUUUUCCCCCCUCAAUACACAUUUGCAGUCUGAUAUUCACAUAUUUUCCGUUGUGGAUGAGCACUUUAAUUUAUUACUGCAGGAAAGAUUAACGUGUCUUAUUGUGUUAUCGAUGUACCAUUUACAGUUUAUUUAAUAAAGCAAACAUUACCUAAAGAAAACUUGUUGCAUUUACGUCUUUCCUUUUAUUGUUAUUUUUGUAAAAACAUCACAUGGAAGUACUCCGUUCGCCGAGAAGUUGGACAUGCUUGUUUCCACCUCUUGCUGGUGUACUACAAAACAUUUAUUGUACUGCUAUCUCAAAUAAAUGCUUGAAAAAUA